AUGGAGGGGCCUCUCGCCGCGAUCACAUCGGAGGCGGACGCCUCGCGCCGUGUCGCGUUGCUGGAGGAGGCACAAGCCGCACUCUCUAGCGGCGCCGACGCCGGCGCCGCUGCCUCCGCGGCGACAGACCUGCUCGGGCUGCUCGCUGACUCGGACGCAGCAGUGCGGCGAGCUGCGCUGGCGUAUGCGGAGGACCUAGGCUCGGCGGCUCCGUCGGUGCUGCCGACGCUACUCCCGGCGCUACGCGCGCUGCUCGGCGACGGGAGCCCGGCCGUUGUGAAGCGCUGCCUGCUCUCGUGCGCUGGCCUGCUGCGGCCGGCGCUCGCGCUGGUCGCGGCCGGUGGCGAGCCUCUUCCGGAGGCGCUCGCCGAGGUGCGCGCGCUCGUCGACGGCAUGCGCACCGAGGCGGCCGAGAUGAUGGCGAGCGCCGCGCGCACCGACGCGGUCCGCACGCAGGCCGUCAAGUUUUGCGAGGCGCUGGCGCUAAGCGCGUGCCAGUCGCGGCUGAUGCCUGCGCCGGGCGCAAGCGCGGCGCAGAUCAGCGUGCCGGCCGCGAGCCGCGCCAACGUGCAGCAGUCCCUCAAGUCGGCGCUCCUCUCGGUCGUGAAGCAUCUGCACUCGCUGCCGGCGGAGCACAUGGGCGGCAGCAACCAGCUGCAGGGACGGGAGCUGCCCUCGAGGAGCGAGCUCGCCGAGGAGGUGGAUGCGACCGGCGGCGGAGGCGGCGCAAAGCGAGAGGGCGACUCGCUCGAGGUCGGCCCGUCUAAACGGCUGCGCGGACACGCUGCUCGCGAGAAAAAGAAAAACACGUGCGCGCUCCUCGAGCACGCGCUCUCUCUGCCGCACGAGCGGCACGAGCUGCUGCUGGCGUGGGCCUACGCCGAGUUCCGCGAGCAUUCGCUCGAGCGGUACGACGAGCUCGCCGACGUCCUGCUCGCCUCGCUCCACGAGCGGCUCGCGCCAAACGACCGCCUCUGGACAAAGCUGCUGCUGCAGAUGCCGCGGCUGCCUCGCACCGUGCUGGAGCUGCUGCGCUCCGACGUCGCCUCCGCGGCGAGCCCCCGACUGACGCUCGGUCUCACGACGCUGCGUGACCUCGCGCUGCAACGCGACGCGUGGCGGCCCGCCUGCCUCGAGCUGCUUCUCGAGCUGUGCACCGCCGGGUCGGCCCCCCUCCGCGCGCCCUCCAUCCGCCUUGUCGUGAGCAUGGCCGCCGGUGAAGGUGUCGCCCAGGCGGCGGCCGUCGAUCAGAUCGCCGCGCGGGCCCACUCUCACGCGGCGGAGGAGCUCGAGGCGGCCCUGGCGGCGGAGGAGGAGGAGGAGGCGGCGCGCAGGCUGCCGCUCUACCUGGCGCUCUGCAACCGCUCGCCAAGCAUGCUGGCCGCGCUGCUUGCCGGCUUUGAUGGCGCGUCGGCCGCCGCGCAAGCGACGGUGCAGGAGCUGCUGCCGGGGCUGCUGCUGCACUUGCCGAUGGAGGCGGUCACGGAGGUCCUGCUCGCGCAACUGAGAGGCGAGCCCGACGCAUCGCCGCCGCUCUCCGCCGCCUCACCGCUUCCGCUGCUCGCGCUACACGUGCUCGCCGAUCGCGCCACCGCCGUGGGCGGCACCGUGCCCGCCGCGCUGACGGCCGGCGUGCUGGGACUGGUUUCGCGUCUGGGGCCGCACGGUGGCGCGUACGCCGUGCCGCUGCUCCCCUUUCUGGACGAGUCGCAGUCGGUCGCGGUGCUGCCCGCGCUGUUGCGGCUCGACAAGGGCGACCUCACCGAGGCGCUCGCGGCGCUGGCGCACGCCGAGCCUCCGCCGCUCGCGCCGCGCGCGCUGCUGCUGCAGCUACACUUGCUCAAGCCCGAGGACGGCGAGAGGGGCGUGCCGCUCAAGGCGCUCAUAGACGCCGCGUGCAUCAACGAGCGCGAGGUCUUCACGCGUGACGAGCUCACCGCCGCCCUGGAAGAGGUGGUCCAGCUGGACCCCUUGCCGCUGCUCACGAUGCGCACCAUCAUCCAGACGAUGGUCAACUGGCCCGACGCCGCCACGGCGGUGAUGGGCCUGCUGCGCACGCUUCUCGAGCGUGAGGUGUGGGCGACCAAGCUGUGGGAGGGCUACGUGCGCUGCUGCUCGAUGGCGAUGCCACUCUCGCGCGAGCUCUUCUACGCGAUGCCGCCGGCGCAGCUCGAGGCUGCCCUCGCCUCGCACCCGGACGUCAAGCAAAAGCUGGUCGCCCACGCCAGGGCGGAGCGCGGCGCGGUGCCGACGGCUGCCUUGGGGGUUCUCGGGUUGUGAGCGGGUGUUGACAGUUUGGAGGUGCGGUCAUUCGCCCGGUGAGAGAGAGAGAGUUGCGAGAGAGAGAGAGAGUUUUGCGCGGUUUACCGACAAGAAACUGAAUCG